GGAAAUAUUUUAACAAGGAUAUAAGAAACGUAAUAUGCAAGCAAAUAAUUUUGGCACUGAUAAGACACCAAAUUCUAGUUCCAAUGGACCUAUAGGAUUUUAUAGUCAAAGAUUUUUGAGUAAUUUUCUAUCGAAAGGACUAAAAACCAAUCAAUUGGAGGUAAACACCGAUGAAAAGACGCUCAAACCAAUUGCUCGUUUAAAAGAACCUAGAGAUCUAUUCGCCCUGCCUAAGGACAAGGAUAAUGACUGCUCACAGCAGGCCGCCAGAUGGCCAACUGAAUGUCAGGUGCUGGACGAACGCAUACAACACAUAGCCUACGUUCCAGUCACUCCAGAAGCAUACAAUCAACCAACUGGGAAUGAGCUGAAGCCACGUCCUGUGGGCGAGGAGAAUGGAAUCGUGGUCUACAAUUAUAAUCCUGUCAGUGCUGUCAAUUAUAAAGAAAAUAAAACCAAAGGCGAUGAUUCGGAUGGCACCGAUUCAGACAUAUCAUCAUCAGAGAGUCGUGGCUCUUCGCCAGAACGUCGUCAGCGGCUGAUGAAACAUCGUUUUUCGAAAAUGUUUAACAAUUGUCGUUCGUCAAGUAAUUCCAAUGACGAAAAUGAUGACGAAGACGAUGAAGAAGAUGACGAAGAAAUUAUUCAAAUUACUUCCAAUAUGGCGGCAAAGUCAAUUAUUGAAGAAACGAUUCCAAUUCAGUCUGAAUUAAAGGAAGAUGAAAAUGGAGAUGGAAAUGAAGAAGUUAAUGAUAAUGUAAAUGAUGAUGAUGAUAUUGAUGAUAUUUGGGGAGUUCCUUCGCCAUAUUACAGUGCCUCGCCAACCAAAUGCUUUAUUCAACGUAUUGAAGCAAAACCAGUACCGCCAGAAACUAUCCUGCCAUUGCCACAAUCAGCACGUUUAGAAAUAUUUAGUCGUUCGAGUGUUGGCGGUUCAAAGUUCCUAACUCAGGUGCAUCCGUUCAGCAAAGAUGAUUACGAUGGCUUGUGGUUCGAAUCACGAUUCGAAUCGGGUAAUUUGGCCAAAGCUGUAAAAAUUACCGAAACCUACUAUGAGUUGUACCUGCGACCGGAUUUGUAUACGAGUCGUUCGAAACAGUGGUUUUAUUUUCGUGUGGGAAGGACAAAGAAGAACUUGACGUAUAGAUUCUCUAUUGUGAACCUGGUUAAAUCGGACAGCCUUUAUAACGAGGGUAUGCGACCUUUAAUGUACUCAACAACCAAUGCCAGAGUAAUCGGCCAGGGCUGGAGGCGUUGUGGUGAAAAUAUUUGCUACUAUCGCAACGAUGAUGAGAAUUCAAAUGAGGAAGACGAGGACAAUGGGUCAUAUACGCUGACGUUUAAUAUUGAAUUUCCCCAUGACGAUGAUACUGUUUACUUUGCCCAUAGCUAUCCUUAUACAUAUACAGAUUUACAGGAUUAUCUGAUGGCAAUUCAAAAACAUCCUGUCAAAUCGAAAUUUUGCAAAUUAAGACUGCUGUGCAGAUCGCUAGCUGGUAAUAAUGUUUACUAUUUAACAGUGACUGCACCGACUACGGAUGAGGAGUUAAUGAAGAAAAAGAAAGCUAUUGUAGUCUCGGCACGAGUGCAUCCAAGUGAAACACCAUCCUCUUGGAUGAUGAAAGGCCUAAUGGACUUCAUUACGGGUGACUCUUCGGUUGCCAAACGUUUGAGGCACAAAUUCAUUUUCAAACUUAUACCGAUGCUGAAUCCAGAUGGAGUUAUUGUUGGAAAUACGAGAAAUUCUUUAACCGGCAAAGAUUUGAAUCGACAAUAUCGAACUGUUAUACGAGAGACUUAUCCAUCCAUUUGGUAUACAAAGGCCAUGAUUAAAAGACUGAUUGAUGAAUGUGGUGUGGCCAUGUACUGUGAUAUGCACGCUCACUCACGAAGGCAAAAUAUUUUCGUUUAUGGCUGUGAGAAUCGACGCAAUCCGGAAAAGAAACUCACCGAACAAGUUUUUCCGCUAAUGAUGCACAAAAACGUGGCCGACAAGUUUUCCUUUGAAAAUUGCAAAUUCAAGAUACAAAGGAGCAAGGAGGGUACUGGACGCAUUGUCGUUUGGAUGCUAGGAGUUACCAACAGUUAUACGAUAGAGGCGUCCUUUGGUGGUUCUAGCUUGGGAUCGAGGAAAGGAACGCACUUUUCCACUGGGGAUUACGAACAUAUGGGACGAGCAUUUUGUGAGACACUCUUGGAUUAUUGCGAUGAAAAUCCAAAUAAAGUAAAGAAAUAUAUGAAAAUAUUUAAACAAGUGAAACGUGUUAGGAAAAAAGAAAGACGCGAACGAAGAGCACUUAAAUUGAAGAAAUUAGCAGAACAGGAACGUCUUAGACUGAAAAUAAUUGAAAGACUGUUAAAGGAAGGAUCUAGUGCUGAUGAGCCCCUUAACAUCCCAUUGUCCGAUUAUUCGAGCGACGAAGGCGAUACAAGUUCAAGUUCGGAUAACGAAGGUAAAGCUGAUCGAUUUUCUGAUUUAGAAGGGCCAUGUUGUCAACCAUUAAAAGCACCACCGUGUUCCCCAGAAUAUAAUGUUGUUCAAAGGAGAAAGAAUAAAUUAAAAAUUGCGAGAAGAAUUAUGAAAAUAUUGGAUGGAAUAUAUUUUAGACCAAGAAUCAGAAAAAUUGGAUUGAGACAAGCUCAUUUAUCAAAAACUGAAAAGAUCGAAAUGCAAAGAAGGUUUAAGAAAAUCAAGAAAAGGCCAAAAGUUAAAAGGAAAAUGAGAAUAUUUUUGAAGAAUCAGAAUGUGAUAAUUUAUCGCAAGGUUCGAAAAAAGAAACAACGCAGCAAAUCUUCGAACAUAGUGCAACGCAACAAACGCGACCAACGCACUCCACUCGACAUGCCAACCACCGAUCCGGGUUCUGAUUUGUUUUUCUCCACCGACGACGAAAUCUUUGCCGAUGGCGAUGCGGGAGGAAUAUUCAGUACAGUUCCCAGAUCACGACGAUAUCUCCUUCAAUCAGACCUGCAACGUCGAUAUAUCGAUACAAUUUGUGAUGGUGCUCCAACACCAAUUCAACGAAUGCCUCCCGAAUUAAUAGUUACACCAGCAAAACAAGGAUCUUCGGCCAAUAACAACAAUAGAAUACCAAGAACCCCUGAGAAGCCAAAAACAAGUCAAUUGCUAUCGACAGAUUUCCCACCAGUUGCUGGGAGUCUUACGAGAAGAACAAACUCUUGGCAUAAUUUACAUAGUGGCGGAAAGUAUAUACCUAAAUUAAGGGUCCAAAAUGUUGGACAAACCCAAAGAAGUCCCAAUGAAGAUAUAUUCUCUUUGAAGAAGAAAAUAUGGACUGGUUGUUCACCAGAGGUAGGCUGUUGUGGAGAAAGAUCACGUCCUUUAUCAUGGGCAAUCCCACCAAUUCAUCGGAAUAAAGAGAAACACAAGGAACUUGACGAACAUGAAGCUCUAUUUGCUGCCUGUUCUCAAAAACUAGUAGCUUGGCAGCAAGAAACAGUCGCUUACAGUCAUAGGAAUAAAUUGAACCUGAAUUUAGUGAAUCCCGAGUUGUCUGGCGAAAAGGUCGUCACUCAAAGGCCAAAGAAAACCGCCAAAUCUUCAACAAAACUCGAGAUAGACCUAAAAGUUCGCAAGAAAAAAAGCAACUUUAUGAAGAUCACUGAGACCUCACGAAUCAUCAAUUGCUUUGCCAAAGCAAGUUCCCAGAAUACCAUUGCCUCGCGGAAAACAGCAAUGCCAUUUACCCCAAAUGCCAGUCUAACCCUAGCUCCCCUAACAACUUCAUCUAAACAAUUCGUUCCAAAGAAAUUCAAAACCGGAGGCUUAGUUGCCACCGCUGUUCAAACAGGAAAGAAAUCUAAACGUCAACGGUCUUCCUUGGUCAGCAUAAACAAACCAAUUGAGAUUCCAUUGGCAGAGGCAACGACAGCGCCUGGUCAACUUGAGAAUGAGAAAUCAUUCGCUCGCAAAGUUCGGACCAAAUUAAAGAAGAAAAAAUCAGUUACAUCAUUAAAGGGCGGCAAAUCAUGAUCGCCGAGUUAAGAGGACUCUUAUCACGAGUUCUGAACAAAAUCAAAAAAAAAAAAAA